UGCCUGGUCUGCUCUGUGCCGGGACCCCGGGGCAGGGGAAGGCGGGUUGUACCCCAAACUCAGGGUGCAGACAGGAACCCCCCAGACCCCUCAGCCCGCACCCGGGUGGGGGUCCAGGGCUUGGCAGGGGUCCGCAGCUGCGGCCCCGCUCUCUGUCUGCUCCGGGAAGGUCAGAGCUGCCCGCGGGGCUGGCGGCCCCUCCCUGGCCCGGCGCCCCUGGGAGGGGUCCGGGUUUAUUGGGGGCUGUUGGCCGAGGCCUUUGUCCUGCUCCGGGUGCUCUUAUCGCCGCUCCCCGCCCUCCGUGCCCGCCUGCACGGAGAUGGCUUUGCUCUUAUCUGGGGUUUGUUGUUAUCUGGGAUUUGCUGUUAUCUGGGAUUUGGGAGGGACCUGUCGCUUCCUCUGUCCCCCUGCAGCAGGGACAGUCCCCUCCUGCCCGGAUCUCACAGUUUGGGGUGCGCCACAGCCCCCCCGCGCUCCGAUUAAUUCCCCAAUUAAUUAUUCCAGAGCUGCUGGGGCUGCCCCUGGGUCCCUGGAAGCGCCCAAGGCCAGGCAGGACGGGGCUGGUGUCACCUGGCAGGGGGUGGCACUGGAUUGUCGUUAAGGUCCUUUCCCACCCCAACAAUUCCACGGCUCUGUGACAUCCAGGGCGGGAGGAGGAUGAUGAUGGUUCUGCGCUCUACACACGGGGAAAAAGGAAUAAAACGCUUUGAACCCUCCUGGGGUAACACGGCUGGGGCUGGGGGCGGGGCGCCCCCCCCACCCCCGCCCUGCCCCGCCCCGGGGCUGUGCCGCCCCCCAGCCCUGCCCCAUAAAGCAGCGGGGGAGCAGCGUCAGCGCUCUAUGCUCGGUACCGGAGACCCCUGCCCGGUUCCCGAGUCCCUGCCCGGUUCCCAGAGCUCCCUAUCCGGUUCCCGGCUCCCCGUUCCCGGUUUUAUCGCCGCAUCCCGAGGAUGCUGCGCCGCCGCGGAGCCUUCGCGGUGCAGCCGCUCCGUGCUGACCUGGAUGGUCCCUGGGAAUCGGCCGAGAGCUGCAUCGUGCGCACCUCCGCCAGCGUCUACCGCCGGCUGCAGGAGAGCCCGCGGCAGCCCCCGCGGGCAAUGAGCGCCCGGGCAGCCCCCCAGCCCCCCUGCAGCCCCCCGGCCGGCGGGAGGCUCCUCAAGUCCGAAUCCGAGGAUUCCGGCGUGGAGAUGGCCAGCAACGAGCACUCGCCCUCCACCCCGCUGGGCUCCGAGAGCAGCUUCUCCCUGGACGGUCUGGCGGCGGAGGAGCCCCCCGGAGGAGGGGAGGAGCCCCCCCGGGCAGCCCGGAGCCGCUCGGGCAGCCGGAGGCCGCCGCAGGCAGCGCAGCGGAGCCGGAGGCAGCGCUGCCCGCGACAGCUCGGCCGGCGCAGCGCCAGCGCCGCGGACCUGGCACAGCCGGGGGAGCCCGAGGGGGCUGCGGCCGGGGGGGCUCGGUCGCCCCGCAGCCCUCGGGACCCCCGGGCCGCGCCCGAGGUGUCGGGGCAGGGGCUGCGCUACCUGGAGCACGUGUGCCAGAUGCUGGAGCGCCUGGCGCGGCUGCAGCAGGACAACCGCGCCCUGCGGCAGCAGGCGGGGGCGAGGGGCGCCCGCCCGGCCACGCUGCCCUCCCGGCAGCCGCCGAGGCAGGAUUUGGGCACCUGGAGGGGCGAGAGGUUCCGGCCGCGCUCCUGCUCGGACAGCCAGGCACCAGCAGCGGAGCCCGGGCCGUGCCGCAGGAUUUGGGGACACUCGCUCAGCUCCCCCAGCCUGCUGGACCCCUGCGAGGGCGGCGCGGGGGUCCCGCCAGCGGACAAGGUACGGCCGGGGGGUGUCGGGGUGUUGUUGGGGGGGUCCCCGGGCCCCCCUGAGCCCGGCUCUCCCCGCAGGACGGGCGCUCGCACUGGGGCCGGGUGAAGGUGCUGCUCACCCGCCUGACCCGCCGCUCGCUGCGGGGCGGCCGCUGCAGGUAGGACGGGGCGGGUCCCGCGCCCAGCGCCGCACCUGGAUGGAGGAACUGCGUCACACCUCACCUGAUGACGUCACGCCCGCCCGGGGCCGGUCCCCGCACACCCCCUUCACCUUUUUUUUUUUUUUUCUUUCCCCCAAUAAAACUUUUUCACGGAUAAACACGCGGCUCUUAGCGAGGUGCUUGCUGUCGCGCCGUGACGUCACACCCCUAAACCCGAGCGUGACGUCACGCGAGGGCGCGUCACCGCCGCAUCACUUCCGACGCC